AUGUUGCUGGAUUUCAAUAAGAAUGUAAGAUCCGUCCAAUUAAGAUCACAAAUUUUACAGAAUAUUGUGGCGAAAAACCUAGCUUCAUGGACGGGAUCAAAGCAAAAGUCCGUUGGUCUCUUCAUUGAAGAGCAAAGCUGUAACGGGACAGAUCAAAUGACAAAUUGCUCAUUGCUGGCCGCUUGCCGGGGACAAAUUAUCGAUGAGCCACCGCCGCCCAUCGAAGAGCUCAUACCAGAGGAUCCUUGCGCAGAUACACCUAUGGUGGCCUUGUCUGUGAUUGAGAGCAGCGCUUCAUUCAGGAAAAAGUUCAGGUUUGAACCAAACGUGAGUUAUCGACUGCGACUGGACGGACUGGACAUGGAAAACUUGAAAUCGAUCAAAUGGAAAAUUGGAGACAAUGCCGUCGACAAUUACGACCCUUCGAAACCGUGCCAUAAACAGGGGAUGGUCGUUCAUGAGAACGGAUUCGAUCUGAUUCUUAUCGAGCCGAAUGAAACACAGGUGGUCGGCGUCGUCAUCGAGGCAUUCACCGGAAAACAUCGAUUCAGAAUUCAUUUUCUAGUGGAUAGAGUAGAGGACAUCUCAACGUAUGAUCAUAGAGAGACAAUCGAGUGGGCCGGUAUAGUGGCAGGUAGGAAGCCUACCGAAUCUCUUUUGGAAUAA